UCUACUAAGUAAAUAAAGACGAAUCAGAGCGUAAAUUAGGUUUCUAUCAGAGUACAGUUGGUAAUUGCGUAGAAAUUCUUUACUGUACGUAAUAGUAACGAGUAUUAAAACGCUUAUUAGCUAUUAUCAAAAAAGGUCAAGGACUAUGAAUUGUAGUCGGUUGGAAUAACAUCAUUUUUGUACCUACUGUGUAGUGGAGUGCGAUCAAAAUGAUAUACAUUUCUUUGCUAUUGUCAUUAUGUUUUACUUUUAAAACGUGUAUUUCAACUACCGUUAUCGUUUGUCACGAUUGCGAACGAAAUGUUAAUGAGUUUCAACCCACUUGGGAAAGUUUAGAUAGUAGAAAAUUACCCCAAUGGUACGAUGAUGCGAAAUUCGGUAUAUUUUUGCACUGGGGUGUUUAUUCGGUACCAGGAUUUGGAAGUGAAUGGUUUUGGAAUCGUUUAGCAAAUAAUGCUCCUGCUUAUGUACAAUACUUUAAGUCCAAUUACCCCCCAAACUUCACAUAUCAAGAUUUUGCUAGAGAUUUCACAGCUGAAUUUUAUGAACCCGGAGAAUGGGCCGAACUUUUCAAACAAUCCGGUGCAAGGUACGUUGUACUGACAAGUAAGCAUCACGAAGGUUACACCCUAUGGCCAUCAGAGUUUUCGUUUAGUUGGAAUUCGAAAGACGUUGGUCCACACAAAGACUUAUUGGGCGAUCUUGCAAAUGCAAUUAGAAGUAAAACAAAUCUUAAAUUUGGCGUUUACCAUUCGUUAUAUGAAUGGUUUAAUCCAAUGUAUCAAGCUGACAGAGCGGCUUCCUUUUCGAAAAACAACUUCAUUACACGAAAAAUUUUGCCGGAAAUGAUCGAACUGGUUGAAAAAUAUAAACCGGAAGUUAUAUGGUCUGAUGGUGAUUGGGAAGCACCUGAUACAUAUUGGCAGUCUACGCAAUUCUUAGCCUGGCUCUACAAUGAAAGUCCUGUGAAGGAUACGGUCGUUGUCAAUGACCGAUGGGGUAAAAACUGCUCCUGUCGUCAUGGAGAUUUUUACAAUUGUAAAGAUCACUAUGAUCCUGGUACCCUCCAAAAGCAUAAAUGGGAAUCCGCCACUACUGUUUACAAAGAAUCAUGGGGUCAUGUAAAAAAUACUAAACUACAAGAUUAUCGGACUCCUUGGGAGUUAAUCUCGUUAAUUGUAAGAACUGUUAGUUGUGGAGGAAAUGUUUUGUUAAAUGUUGGUCCCACGAAAGAAGGCACAAUCGAUCCUAUAUUCCAAGAAAGGUUACUUCAAAUAGGGGAAUGGUUAUCAGUUAACGGGGAAGCAAUUUACGAAACAAGACCGUGGACGCAUCAAAACGACAGUAUCGGUGAUACCUGGUAUACUCACAAACCUGGAGUAAUUUAUGCCACAACCCUUAAAUGGCCCGACAAUAAUGUUUUAAAACUUGGACAUGUAAACAAAAGUCUUUUCGAGACUGGACAAGUUGUAAUCACAUUGCUUGGAUAUCCACGUAAAUUAAAGUGGGUAUUUGAAAAUCAUACUCUAUCUAUCAAUUUUCCGGAGAGGAACCUUGUAUCAAAUGACUGGGCAUGGUCAGUUAAAAUUACCAACGGCAAAUGAUUUUCUUUUUUAUAUUUUCCAUUAAGAAUAAAUUAGUGCACUACCUUCUUGUAAAUCAUAAAUUGUAACUGUUUACCCAAUAAAUUUAUUACUAUAUAUCUAUCA